GUAAAUUCGCUCCCGGCGUCCGCGCUGAGGGAAAUGCCCGAAGCCACCCGGCUCGAAGCCAGCAGCGGGGACGAGGCCGAGAGCCCCAUGGAGAGCGGGGCCGCCCCGGAGAGCAGCAGGAGGAGGAGGAGGAGGCGGCGGCGGCACAAGAAAGAUAAAAAAGAGAGUGAGUCUAAACACCAUGAUAAAUCCAAGAAGAGGAAAUCCCGAACAGAGGAAAAUGGGCUGUCUGAAGAUGACCUUGAACCUCCCAAACUCAAAAAGAUGAAGGAGAGAGAGAGUGUGAAUGGAGAUACUGGGGAAAGAAGCCCGGAGCACAAGAAGAAAUCCUUCUCCCUAAGUAAUGGAGUCACCCCCACAAAAACACAAUGUAAUUUCAGUGAAGCAUCAAGUGGAGAGUGUGACAGCGAACAAGAGCAGGAACUGACUGUAGAGCAGAAGGAAGGUGCUUUCUCCAAUUUUUAUAUUUCCAAAAGGACUAUUGAGCUUCUUCGAGCUCGAGGUGUAACAUACCUGUUUCCUGUGCAAGUAAAGACCUUCAAGCACAUAUAUGAUGGCAAAGAUGUUGUAGCUCAAGCUCGAACUGGAACUGGAAAAACAUUCUCUUUUGCCAUUCCCUUGAUUGAAAAGUUUCAGGGAGAAAUGCAGGAGAGGAAAAGAGGCCGCACACCAAAGGUGUUAGUUCUUACUCCCACUAGAGAGUUGGCAAACCAGGUAGCCAGAGACUUCAAAGACAUCACAAAGAUACUCUCAGUGGCUUGUUUUUAUGGAGGAACUGCAUACAAUGGACAAAUUGAUCUAAUUCGAAGUGGUAUUGACAUCUUGGUUGGGACCCCAGGUCGAAUCAAAGACCACCUUCAGAAUGGCAAGCUUGAUCUUUCCAAACUCAAGCAUGUUGUCCUGGAUGAAGUUGACCAGAUGUUGGACAUGGGCUUUGCUGAACAAGUGGAGGACAUUUUACGAGUUGCGUACAAGAAGGAUUCUGAAGACAAUCCCCAGACAUUGCUGUUUUCUGCAACUUGCCCACAUUGGGUAUAUGAUGUGGCUAAGAAAUACAUGAAAUCCAGAUAUGAACAGGUUGACCUCAUCGGGAAGAGGACUCAAAAAGCUGCUGUGACUGUAGAACAUUUGGCUAUAGAGUGUCACUGGUCUCAAAAAGCAGCAGUUAUUGGAGAUGUCAUUAAGGUUUACAGUGGCAGUCAUGGACGGACCAUAGUCUUUUGUGAGACCAAAAAGGAGGCAAAUGAACUGGCCCUGAAUACUUCUAUUAAACAGGAUUGCCAGUCGCUGCAUGGUGACAUUCCUCAGAAACAAAGGGAGAUAACAUUGAAAGGUUUUAGAAAUGGAGUGUUUAAAGUUCUGGUUGCAACUAAUGUAGCUGCCCGUGGUUUAGAUAUCCCUGAAGUUGACCUGGUUGUACAAAGUUCACCACCAAAGGAUGUGGAGUCGUAUAUUCAUCGUUCUGGGCGCACAGGCCGAGCUGGACGGACUGGGAUGUGUAUCUGUUUUUAUCAGCGAAAGGAAGAAAGUCAGCUAAGACACCUAGAACAAAAAGCAGGAAUUACAUUUAAGCGUGUAGGUGUUCCUACUGCAACAGAUAUAAUAAAGGCUUCCAGCAAAGAUGUCAUCAGGUAUUUGGAUUCUGUUCCUCAAACUGCCAUUGACUAUUUCAAAGAGUCAGCUCAGGGACUAAUAGAGGAAAAGGGGGCAGUUGAAGCUCUGGCUGCAGCACUAGCCCAUAUUUCUGGGGCUACUUCCAUUGAACAGCGUUCCUUGCUCAACUCAGAUGUGGGAUUUGUAACAAUGACAUUGCAAUGCUCAGAAGAGAUAAACAACAUAAGCUAUGCCUGGCGAGGACUAAGAGAACAGCUGGGUGAUGAAAUUGAUAGGAAAGUGAACAGAAUGUGUCUUCUCAAGGGAAAAAUGGGUGUGUGUUUUGAUAUUCCUGCAGUGGAUCUUAGACAAAUACAGGGAAAAUGGCAGGAUUCAAAAUACUGGCAUCUGACUGUGGCAACUGAAUUACCUGAGUUGGCAGAAACCCAGCGAGAAGGAGGCAGAAGCUUCUACGACUCCAGGAAUGGGAGGCGAGGUGGCAGCUUUAAUAGAAACAGAUUCAGAAAUAGAGACCAGAAACGAAGUUUUGACUGAGCAUUUGAUCGCUAGCUCUUACAAUAAAAUUUGCAGAAAUGGGACUAAAAUACUUUUAUCUACAUUUAAAAAUGUCAUGUUCAUUAUAUGUUUGUGCCACUUGCAAAAUCUGUCAUUCAAAAUUUGUUUUUCCAGUAUUGCUAGGGAUGGCUGUAUACAGGACCAUUUCAGAGAGCAGUUUAAUUUAUUUUAAAAAAAUACCUUAUUAUCUUCCCCACAGCUGUGUGUAAAGAAUAUUCAUGAGCCUCCUCCACAGAGCCUUGUUUCAGGAUAUGUCUUUUGCAAUCAGAAAUCUGACUUGGGUUUACUACACAGUGUAUAUCAAAAUCUCCACUUGAAUUGGUCUCCAGUGGUGACUGAAACCUGUCCAUUUUCCAAAAUAAUUAAAAUACUGUUUCUACGUG